CAACAUUUGAAAGUUCUCACAUCACGGUUCCAUGGCACGGCGCAUUUGUCUCACCCCCAACUGAAAAGGGAUCAUGUUCGUCCAGUGACGACUUUUUCCCAUCGUCGUUCCCCGUUCCCAUGUUCCUGCAUCUUCCCAUGGGCUGUAUCACGUGAGAACAACAAUGGUCAAUGUGACUGGCUGAAAGUCUGGUCUCACGUCUUCGAUGCUUUCACUUCGGGUUACGCAUCAAUUCCAGGCAACAACUUCGCCCAAAUCGUGCCCAUCUAUGGCAUCUCCGACGAAUCACCCUUGGGCUAUCAAAACCCCAAUCUCCUCUGCGGCCGCAAAGCUUUCAAUUCGCUCAACACCACUGCGAUUGCCGAUGUUGUUGCGGGAGAAGAGAUCGGGUUCCGCGUCAUGAGUAACGAGGAGAUUAAUGCGGGGUUUGGUGAUUUUGGCCUGUUCUACCACCCUGGUCCUGCCCAGGUGUAUCUCUCGCGGGCCCCCGGUGAUGAUCUGAUGUCGUAUCAUGGCGAUGGGGAGUGGUUUAAAGUUGCGUACAGUGGGCCGGCGCGGAUGAUGAGCAUUGGAUGCUUUACGGGAAGACUGAUUUUAAUUUCACGCUCCCUCGCACCACUCCCCCUGGAAAGUAUAUCAUGCGUUUCGAAUACGUCUUCCCCACCUCCCUGCCGAACUACGCUCAAUUCUUCCCUAAUUGCGCUCUGGUCAACGUCAUGGGUCCUGGAGGCGGUACCACCCCAGGCCCAACCGUCAAGAUCCCAGACUUUUACGACGCCAAUGACCCAGGGUUUUGGUUACCUUUUAACCAGGAAUAUCAGAAGCUUCCACCGGAAUCGAUGAGGAUGACUGAGUAUAAGCUUGUUGGUCCUCCGCUUUGGAGGGGUUAG